AUGGUGUACUACUCCUAUAGUUUAUUAAAACACGUGUUGAGCUCUCUGACAUCAUCAUCAUCCAUUUCUGUUGUCGAUAGCCUUGUCUCCUCUGGUAAGCUCUCUGACAGGAGAGAGUUAUGGAGAGUUAGUCAACCGUCUACUUAUUGUCUCAAAAUCGAAUCGUUCAGAAAACUCGCCACUUCUCCAAACGCCGAAAAGUACGAAUCCCGUCCUUUUCCAUCCGGUGGAUACAACUGGACACUUCUUGUUUAUCCUAAAGGAAACGUUAAGGAUGGUGCUCCAUCUGAUUGGGUUUCAAUGUACGUCCAAAUAGACAAUUCAACAAUCAUUAACACUCCUAAAGAAGUUUACGCAGAAGUCAAAUUCUUCAUUUAUAACCGGAAAGAGGACAAGUUUUUCACAUAUCAAGAGACGGAUGCAAAGCGUUUUUUUCUGUUCAAACCAUAUUGGGGAUACGGUAACGUUAGAUCCUACGGCGAUGUAGCCAACCCCGACGCUGGUUGGCUUUUCGACGGUGACAGUGUUUUAUUCGGUGUCGACAUAUUUGUCACUGAAGUGUUUAACAAAUGGGAAGUAUUCUCCUUCACUAAGAGUUUACAUAACCGCCUUAUCGAAUGGACAAUACCUAACUUCUCCAAACUAGAUCAACUAUUCUACCUAUCUGAGAUUUUUGUGAUCAGAGACAGAAGCUGGGCAUUGAAAAUGUAUCCAAGAGGCGAUGGAGAAGGACAAGGGAACUCAUUGUCUUUAUACGUUGUUGCGGUUGAUGCUAAGCGGUAUGAAAAGAAAUACCUAAAAGCUAAGCUACGUAUUGUAAACCAGAAAGGUUCUAAUGAUUUUGAGAAGAAAGUCGAAAGCUGGUCAGAUCGAGCAAACAGUUGGGGAUUCCAGAAGUUCGUAUUGUUUGCUGAUCUUAAAGAUACUUCUAAAGGCCUUCUUGUGGAUGAUACAUUGAAGAUAGAGGUUGAGUUUGAUGAUUUCUCUAACACUGAAUACUUCCCAAGUUAAGUUUUGCCUUACGCAAUCGAUAAGCCGAACAUAAGAGUCUCGAACAAGACAAGGGAACCAUACCGAAGAUAAUUGGAUUAGCCAACCAUAGCUUUGCGUUUUACUUUCAAGUGUUUCUGUGUGUAAUAAUUGGAGAGGGUUGUUCUUUCUAAGGUUGGGAGCUUAUCUACCACUUCUCAUGCUCUUUGUGUACUUGAUC